AUAACACCCACAAAUGGUGCAAGGAAAGAAUGAAAACUUCCUGUUUGGUUCAUGAGUAUGUAACUGCUCUUUUGUUACACUGACGUAUGCAUUUGUUUAGUAGAAAACGGGUAGAUAGCAUCGCAAAUUUUGAAAGAUUUUACUUGCAAAAUAAUCCCAAAAACCAAAGACAAAGAAAGACAGCAGCUUAAGUGAAGAAUGACAGUACAUCAGAUGGCAAUUUUUAAGAAAUCUGUGAUCCUCUUUAGUCUCUGUAUGUUCCAUGUAUGCACCCUAACUGAAACAGGGAGCAUGUGCAAAGGCAUCCUCCCACCAGUUAGGUAUGUGGCACAAAGGAGCAAUGUCACCGUGCAUUGCCCAACACUCAGUGGAUCAGAAAUGAUGUACUAUUUAUAUAAGGGCCCAGAUGUGGUUACCUCCAUUUGUAUAAAAAUAAUAAAUAACACAUUGGUAACUGAAAAUAAGAUAAGCCUAAAUAAAGACUUUCCUGCCCAUCUAAGUGUUAACUUUACAGAUAACAGUACCAGCUUUGUCCUAUUUAACGUAAAUGUUAAUAUCACUGCCCUAUACACGUGUGAGGCAGAGAAAACCUUUCCUCCUCCACUUAAGAAAAUGGAACAGGUGCCAUACACUAUUGUGUUUGUUGAAGAAACUCCAAGUAAACAGCUCUAUCAACAUGUCAGUUACCUGGUUCUGUUCGUAGUACUUGGAGGCAUUUAUGGGCUGGUAGCAUCUUCCAUAGUCAUCAUACUUAGGAUCAAGUUGAGUCAAGUGGACUGUCGCUUUAAUGGCUUUAAGAAUAUAAAGUUCAGAGAAUGCAGGCAAAAAUGGCAAGGAGUUCAACACCCAGUACAAAAGGGUUUCUACAUAGAAACUUCAGCACAACAAGCACCAUUCAAAUCAGCAAAUCAGAAAGCAAUGGUUAAAAAAUAGCCUACUGUUUAAUGCCAUUCUGAGAUAAGCCAUCUACAUUGUAUUAUUUAUAGUUUAAUCAUUUCAUUUGACCCUUUUUUAUAAUUUCAUGUCAAAUGUUGGUUGAUUUACUUUAAAUCUCACAUAACAUACAUUUGAAAAUAAACCUUCCACUAAACCGCCAGAGUUGUGCGUUUUUUUUUUGUGUCAUGUCCUUUAUUAGGGUCUGAGCAUAGAGGAGCACAGCCCUAUUGUAUUCUUUAGGAUUAUUAUUAGGGCACUAGCACUGAGGAGCAAACCAGCGGUCUGCACCAUACGUGCAGAACCCUAUAGUUUUUGAUCCAUUUAUUAAUUCCAAAUUUGAACUUUGCGAAUCGACAUCCUUUGCUCAUGAUAAUUCGUUUGUAUCCUAUGAUGUCAUUCCUCGUCAUAAAAAUUCUUCUAAAUUUUUAAUUGAGCUUUUGUCCAAUUUGCAAAAAUUUGAAAGUUAUGUUAUGGAAUUCAUGUCAAUUCGCCAAUCCUUUUUCUAUACCGCAUCAACAAACGUGCAAAAAAGUUUUGAGGCUGUAUCUUCGCCAAACUUGCAUGUAUUUACACAACACUUGGUACUUGUAAUGGCAGUCAGGAACUGAGGGUGCAUGGACAGUUUUGCCAUACCACCACCUAGUGGUAAGACAAAUUACAUGCUGAUAACUGGCUACGGUUGACUAUUUUCAUGGGACUUGUUUCUUUGGAGUCCUAAAUCGUUGCUGAGUCCAACGAUACCAAACAUGCCAAUUGGAAACGCCAGCCAAAGCCACAGGGAGAAACGGAGGCUUGAGUAAAAAGUGAGCAUUUUGUUUUUCAGGUCCGUCAGCUGAGCUAUGGUUGUUAUAUUUACACCUAUGUUAGCCUAUUGUAUGUGAAAAUACCUUGCAUUGCUAACGUCGUGCUUACUGUUUUUAGACAAUAUCGACUUGCAUCCUACCGUCAUUUCGUGGAAUGUUUUUUGCAAGGUGAAAGACUGGGGAAAGGCUAACGACUUGUUUUGCCUGCCUGUGUUGUUCAGGGCAUCAGACAUAGAUAUCCAGCUCCUCACGGACAUUAUAGCGGCUAUAAAGAAACGGAUGAAGCUCUGGAUGAACUAUGAGUGUGAAUUGUUUAUGUUCUUUAAUAAAAAGUUAAAACUCACAUUGGUUGUGGAUCGUGUUUUAGUCCUUAUUGUUGCUACAUCAGAGUAUUUGCCUAGACAAAC